UACCUACCUUUUGUCAUUAUAUUUACAAGGUCUAUGGAAAUUUUAAUGCCUCAAAAAAUGGAUAAUUUAUUACUAGGCCAAAGGUUAUUGUAAAGUAAAAAAUAGUUAAACUACAAAUAUUUUAACUUAUUUAAAAUAUGAAAAAGAAAAAGAAAAAAAGAAGACAUAGUUGCCAUCUUCAUCGGCUGGCCACUCAUUAAUGGAUCAGUUAAAACUCAUAAAACUUCAAAAAUCAGUGCCGCCUUCCAAUUUUAGAAACCCUAAACUCCCGCCUUUCCAAAACCAACCGCGGCGGCAGCGAAUGGCGUCUCUCCAACUCCGCCUCUCUUUCACCCCCUCGCCACUCAAGCUCCGGCAGCAGGUGCCGCGCCGCUCACUCGACCUCAAGCUGCCGCCGCGCGCGUUGUCUUCAGCCAUCAAAGCCGCCACUGUAAACGGGCAUCCCGGCGAGGACGCCUUGCUAAAGGGGACGACGGCGCCAGCUCAAUUUUCCGGCGAAGAUUCAGUUGCGCUGCCUGCGGGACUGCGGCGGGAGUCGAUACCGAGGCACGUGGCGGUCAUUAUGGAUGGGAACAGGAGGUGGGCCCGGAUGAGGGGUUUUCCUGUCGGGUCGGGCUAUGAGGCCGGAGUUCGGGCCUUGAGACGGAUGGUGGAGCUCUGUUGCAAAUUGGGGAUAAAGGUUCUCACAGUCUUCGCCUUUUCUUCGGAUAAUUGGUUUCGUCCAAAGGUGGAGGUUGAUGUCUUGAUGGCAUUGUUUGACAGAGGAUUAAGAGAGGAACUCCAAUAUUUAGUGAGUGCAGAUGUUAGGAUUUCAAUCAUGGGGGACUCCUCUAAACUCUUCAAUUCAUUACAGGCAUUGCUAGCCAAUGCAAUGGAAACUACCCAGAAUAACUCAAGACUUCACCUCAUUGUUGCAGUUAACUAUAGUGGCCGGAGUGAUGUUGUGCAAGCCUGCCAAAAGCUCGCGGUUGAAGUAAAGGAUGGACUCAUCGAGCCCGAGGAUAUCAAUGAGUUUCUUGUUGAAAGGGAGCUUGGAACAAAUUGUACUGAUUUCCCUCAUCCUGACUUGCUAAUACGGACUAGUGGGGAGUUGAGAGUUAGUAAUUUCUUACUAUGGCAGUUGGCUCAUACUGAACUAUAUUUCACUGAUUCACUUUGGCCCGAUUUUGGUGAAGACGAGUUCCUGCAGGCCUUAAGUUCCUUCCAAGAAAGGCAGAGGCGCUAUGGUUGUUGAAGCUUUUAAGAGUUCAAAAUUGUGUUGAGAGAGCUCCUGGAAAUAACAGGCACUCUCUCUUGUGACGUAAUGGGGCUGAAUGAUCUCGUUUCGUUUUACCAAUUGACAAGACUUAUAGUAACCCCCCAUCAUACAGCUUGCUCAUGACACCUUUGAAGAGCUUUUGGUGCAGAAGCAAUGAGCAUCAGUGCUUUGUUGUGGUAUUAGUUAUGUGAAUAGAAUGAUGCUAAAUCUGCUUCUUAGGAUUGAGUCAUUGUUGAAGGAGCUUCAGUGCUUUCCCAUUGCUAUCUAGGAAAUGAGUGGAACCCAAAAUUCAUUCAUGUUUGAAAUGAAAGCUCGAUUGACUGCAGACGACGCGCUAAUGAAUUGUAUAUGCAGCUUGUUUAGAGUUCUUGAACUUCAAUUAUUUGGAUCAUUUUCAAUCAGCAUUUGUGACAGUGAAAAUGGAGUGGUCCAGCUUGUUGAACAAGUGUUUUUGAUCUAUGAGAGGGUUAGUAUGUCUCUGUCGCAGCCACCUACUAACCUUUUAGUGUAAUUCUUUAGUUUCUGAAUGAAGGAUAUUUUUAUAGUAA